CCCUGGUUUCCCCUUCGUCGAUUUUGCAAUUGAUUCAAGUUGACCCUUCCACCAGCGGAAGCAGCACCACCACCUGCACUGGGAGCUGAACCGGCACCCCCUGGGCGACCGCGACGAGCAGGACGAGACACGAACUGAAGAUCAAGAUACAAAGCAUCCGUCACGGCAAUACGUCACGCCAUGGCCGCAAGACCACCAAGCUCUUUACGUGGCCGCCCACCCACAGGGUCAAUGGGACGACCAUCUUCUAGUAUGAGGAUGGGUCCUCCUGGAACGGGACGACCUGGAACUCGUAGUGGGCAAGCUGGAGGGGGAAGUAGCGUGUUUGGAUCCGGAAUUAAAGUACAAGAUAGACCAAUGACUCAACAAGGUCUGAGUGGAAUGAAGACAGCAAGCAGGGGUCAACGACAAAUCCAAGAUCGUUCUUACUGGCUUGGGGAGAUAAGAGCAAAAACAACUGAACUUACUUCUGAGAUCCAUAAGACCGAAACUGCGAUUGUGAAACACCAGGAGGACAAUAACACCUUUCUCAUGUUUGAAAAGCGAGCUGAAACUUUGGCGAGUGAAAUUGCAGAGAUACAGGGUGAGUUGCACGAUUACAACAUGAUGAUGGACCGAGUGAACAUGAACCAUGAUAUCUCUGACAUGGUCGAGGACCUUAAUGCUCUCAAAGUUCGCAACGACAGAGAAUCCGACAGUCUUGAGCGAAUCUUUAAAGACAAGGAAGCAAAAGAGAAACAGAUUGAAAGCAUUGAGAAGGAAAUAAGAAGAGAAAGGACGCUCACUGAGAAUCGUGUGCAAGAGAUGGGAGAUGACAUGAGAGAACGAUACUCAGCUCUUAAACAACAGAGUUUUCAAACGCUUGACAAGCUGCAUGAGUUGCAAGAAAUGAUAGAAUCUUUGACAACAAAGCAACAAGUCCUUGAGAUGGAGAUGCAGAAUGAUGCGGCAAAGAUGGAGGCGGUUCAUCUGUACAAGAACUUGAAUGAACUCAAUGAGAAAAGAGAGCAAUUGGAAGAAGAGGAUAGAUCAAGAUUGAGUCCUGAGCAGGAGCAGCAGCAACUUCUAGCAAGCGUGAAAUCUCAUAAUCAAGAGAUCUCGGUCCUUGAUCGUCAGAAUCGUGAACUGGGGGAAAGGAUGAACAUACUUAAUGAUGAUCUUCAACAAGUGGAGAAUGAAUUGGAAGAUCAGGAGGGUGAGGCGACAGAGAAGUUCAGACUUCUUCAAAAGCGAGAAAAGUCAAUGGUGGAUUUUGCUGCAAACUUUGUGGGACAGAAAGAGGAACAAGUUGGCCAACAUUCACAACUACAAGAUUCCAUUGUAGUGUUGCUUGAACAAGUUUCAAAGACAAUUGGAUUCGGGGAGAAUCUGCCGUCAAAGAGAGAUAUGAAAGCACUAAAGAAUGAUCUUGAGUUCAAGGAGGGUGAGCUACAGAAAGCUGAAGCCACAUCUUCAUCAUUGAUGGGUGAAAGUUCCAAGCUACAUAGUGAUCUCACUAAGGUGGAAGAACUUGAAGAUAAAAUAAAUGAUGAGAAAAAUGCUCUUAAUCAGAAAAUGGAACAGAUGCUACAAGAGCUGGAAGUUUACAGAGACAUAGAUGCUCUGCGUGCAACUGCAGAGAAAAAGAAAAGAGAGCUUGGAAAAGAGAGAGAAGAACUGGAAAAGAAGAAGGGAGGUUUUCGUGAUGAUUUGACUGUUUUGAAUAAUGAAUUAUUGGAGAAACAGAAAAUCUUGGAGGAAAGUGAAACGCAUGCUCAGCUUGCUAACUUGGAAAGGAAAUGGCAACAUUUGGAACAAAACAACUAUGCUCUAAAAGAAUACAUUGCUUCUAACUCUGUGAACUCUGGAGCCGUGAAACACAAAGUUACCAAAGAUGUGAUUGAAACUAACCAACUGCUACAAGAUAUUUACACCAAGUCAUCAUUACUUUGAAGCUGCUAAGAAUGGAUGACAUGAAGUCACAGGAAAGUGAAACUUUGUUUUCUCUAUAGGAAAGCAUAAGGACUUGUUGCUGUUUCUACUUUUGCAUAAAUUUUCACUUUAAAAUUUUUAGAUGUUUAGGGAUGUAAUUUGUUUGUUUUUAAUAAAUGUUUAAAAAACAUAA